AUGCCGAGACCUUUGGUGACUGAUUUGGGUAUCGAAAGGGGUGUAAGCGCUAAAGGCAUGUUAGCAUCUAAGUCACAUAAUGCCAAAUCAGUUCUGGCUAUGCAUCUUUUCGAAAUAUUAUUUUUCAGAGAGCUUGUUCAGAAGUUGGUCAG